AAAACCGUUCCGAAGAUAUCCGAAUAUUAAAUUUUCGCGGAAAAAAUAAUCAAAACAGAAAUGUUGGAAAAAGAACUAAAAUCUUUACCUUCUGAGACAGUAAGAUUAAUCGGCAGUUCUCAAGUCAUUACUUCAAUCUUCAGCGUCGUAAAAGAAUUAGUUGAAAACGCGUUUGAUGCAGACUGUACAAAUUUGGAAAUUAAGUUGGAUAAUUUUGGGUUGGACAAAGUAGAAGUGAGAGACAAUGGGGCAGGGAUCCAUCAAGACGUCAUGCCUAUGGUUGCUAAGCGGCACCAUACUUCUAAAAUCUCUUCUUUCAGUGAUUUAGAGAGCCUGGAAACGUAUGGAUUUAGAGGAGAAGCUCUUGGUUCUCUUUGUGCUGUGUCAUCAUUGUCAGUGACUUCUAAAACACAAGAUGAGGAUGUGAGCUUUACUUACACCUUUGAUAAACAAGGCAAUAUAGUAUCAAAGUUGCCGUCUCAUUUGGGACAGGGAACUACAAUUUCUGCUGUGAACAUUUUUAAAAACAUACCAGUUCGUAGACAGUUCUACAAUACGGUGAAGAAGAAGAAAGAGGAAUUAAAGAAAGUCGAGGAUCUGUUGAUGGCAUAUGGGAUGAUCAGACCAGAUGUGCGUAUUGUGUUGCGAAACAACAAAGAUAUUGUAUGGCAGAAAACUGUUCAGGCGGAGAUAAGAAGCGUGUUUCUGGGAGUGUUUGGAAGAAAUGCCACGGCACAAAUGGUGUCAAAGACUGCAACAUGUCAUGAAACCAAGGUGCAGUUAGAUGCAUUUCUGCCCAAGACAAACUGUGAAGUCAAUGUAACAAGUAGAUCAACCAAUGACAGGUGUUUUCUUGCUGUCAAUAAACGUCCAGUUCAGUUGAAAGACUUUGAAAAGGUUGUAAAACAACAUUAUUGUCACCACAUGAAGUGUGACGGUAGACAUCCAAUGUUCUACAUAAGUAUUACUGUACCAUCCCGAGAUUUAGAUGUAAAUGUUGACCCCAACAAGACAAAGGUCAUGUUACAUGAACAAGCCUCGGCUUUGAAACUGAUGACAUCAGUGUUAGAGGAACUUUAUGGUCCCAUUAUAAAACCACAGGAGACAGAGAAAAGAGGUACAGCAGAUAAGUUUAAUGACUCUAGUUUAUCAGAUAGCUCUCUAGAUUCAAGUUUAGAUACAUCUGUGUCUGAUAAAGUAGACUUUAGAGGGAGACCAUGCCUUAAAGAGAGGACAAACAAUGUUGAUGAAAACAGAGCAUGUGCUAGAAAUAAAUUCAAUAUAGUUGAACAUGUACAGAAUAAAGAUACUGGCCAAGCACAUGAUGGUAGUUCUUUGGUGAAGAAAGAUGCCGAUAAUGUAGUUCAAGAUGUGGAAGAAUUGAAAGAAGAUUCAGGUAAUGAACCAGAAAUUCUUCUUGGUAAUAGAGUUGUAGUUCAUCAUACUGAAAAUGGGGUAAGAGAUGGAGUAGAUGGUCCUAACGAGGCAGAUGCUGAAAAUAUCGCUCAUACAUCCAAGGAUUUGAACUCAAAUUCUGAAAAGUUGGAUUCUUGCUCAAAUUCAGUAAACAUAUCUAGUGAUACAGAUCAUGUUGCAGUUACACAUACUCAGGUUGACAAUGGAAGUUUUGCUAUUUUAGAUGAUGAUCUGGAAAUAUUGUUAAGAACUCAGAGUAAUUUUAGUAAGACUGGUGAUAUAGGUAAAUCAUUAAACGAUACAGAUGGUUUGUUAGCAGAUAUUGAUAUUACAAUGAUUGGUGAUAUUGGUGAACUAGGUAAAAAGGUUGAUAAUAUUUGUAAUAAAAAUGGUGGCGAUAUGGAAAACGUAGAAAGAAACCAGUCUGACAAUGUUCUUGAUUGGAGUAAAGGAACUGCAGAAAAAAGUGAUAAGGAUGGCACAGUUUUGCAACCAGUGCAGCUAUUGGCUGGUGGAAGUCAUGUGACAAGAAAGAGACCACCCUCACCCAAUCAGGAUCGAGAGCUGGCUGCUGUAACACCUCCUGUUAAGAGAAAAUCUUCAGACUUUAACUCAUCAUUUGACCAGCCUAAAUUAUAUGAUAUUGUUGGGAAGAGUCCGGCUGAAAAAUUCUCUCUUGGAUUCCUGGCCUUUUCUAAAGAAAUGAGACCAACAGUUCUGGAGGAUAACCCAGAUUUGAAUUAUGAUGAAAUUACCAGCAAAGUUAGACAACUAUGGCAACAGUUACCUGAUGUAGAUAAGAAACGUUAUGUGGAUGUUGGUAAAGUACAGGUUCAAGACCUCAAGAAGAAAGUCUCCGAAAAGAAGAAGCUUGCACAGAAAUUAGAUAGAAGGCUACAGCCAGUGACUGGUACACCUAGUAUCAAAGAUCAACUCCUUGCUUCAAGUAAAAUAUCAGCUGUCCAGUCUGUACCAGUAAAGUCAAUGAAGCUAUCAUUCUGUCUUCAAAACAUGAAACAGCUGUAUAUGGCAGGUCUUAGACAAACACAAACUCAACAAGACAGUAAAAUGAGGCUUGUUGGUGCAUUAAAGUAUUAUAAUAGCUGGGUCUGUUGCCAUGGUAACGAGAUCAAGGUUGUAAAUCCACAUCGGAUUGAGGAGACGCUACUGCACCAGGAGUUGAUGGAGAAUCAUAUAAUUCCAGCUACAAAGCUUGAAAACACCAUUGGGCUGAAUGAGAAGUCUUUUGGGAAGAGAGAGUUGUUUGAGAAAUUGCUUGAAAUGGUCCCAUCUAACAGAGGACAAACGUAUGUUUAUAUUGAAGAUAAACAAUUAAAGGCAAAUGGAAUAGAGAUACGAUGUCACAUGGACCAGGAUAGCCAGCCUGUACUAGAGAUAGUGGGUCUAGCCACGUGUAUGCCCAUGUAUGGUGUGAAGGAUCUACAAGAAAUUCUGGAACAAAUCACACACUCGGAAGCUACAACUGUUGGUCUAGUCAGACCCCUCAAAGUCUCUUUCUAUUUACAGGGAGAAGCAGUUAGAAUGAUAAGACAGAGACCUGUUCAUAGAUCCAGGGAAGAUAUGCUAGAACUACUUCAACAAUUUGGGGACAGUCUACCAGCAGACUGUGUCACCUGUUUACAUAAUAAACCAUUUAUACAGACUGUGUACAAUCUUAAUGACAUACCAGCAUCGCAAAAUAUGUGAUCAUUAAAUAAGCUGGAUAUAUUUUUAUAUUGUAUUUUUUUUUUACCUAUCGAAUAGCAUGUACCUGGU